CGUCGUCUCACCAUGUAGCUAAAGCUAAAGCGCCAUUUGCGAGCUAGCUAGCUAGCUAUUGUGUACUUGUGCCACAACCGAAACAGAGCUAAAAAAUAUAAAGGCAGCUGCUUGCUACGAGCUUAAUUUGGUUUGGUUAGUUGGCUCGACGUACGUCGCUUGGUGGUUUUCCCUUGCGGGUGAAGUGAUCUUUGUGUGUGUGCAAGCAAAGCUCGCUCGUGGCAAUGGGGAGGCAGCCGUGCUGCGACAAGGUGGGGCUGAAGAAAGGCCCGUGGACGGCGGAGGAAGACCAGAAGCUCGUCAGCUUCCUCCUCAGCAACGGCCAAUGCUGCUGGAGAGCCGUCCCCAAGCUUGCCGGGUUGCUCCGGUGCGGGAAGAGCUGCCGGCUGCGGUGGACCAACUACCUCCGGCCGGACCUCAAGCGCGGGCUGCUCUCCGACGAGGAGGAGAAGACGGUGAUCGACCUGCACGAGCAGCUCGGCAACAGGUGGUCCAAGAUCGCGGCCCAGCUGCCCGGCCGGACCGACAACGAGAUCAAGAACCACUGGAACACGCACAUCAAGAAGAAGCUGAGGAAGAUGGGCAUCGACCCCGCCACCCACAAGCCCCUCCAGCCUGCUGCUGCUCCCCUCCAGCAGCCGCUGCGGUCUACCGGCGGCGACUCGCCGGAGCAGAAGGUGCCGGCGGCGGUGGCGGCCACGGGAAGUCAGUCAGGUGCCGAAGAGCACAUGUUCUGCCCCGACGAGGUGCCGACCAUGAUGCAGCUUCUGGACAACAUCAUCUUGCCAUGCGACGUCGACGAACCGGCGCCGCUGGACAGCAGCUGCGGCACAGCCUCGUCACCAGCCGAGUCGUCCUCGUCCUCGUCGUCCGCCUCGGCGGCGUCGAGCGGCGGCGGCUUCGAGGACGACUGGCUGCCGAAGAUCAUGGAGUGGCCGGUGGAGCCGAUGUUCAUGAUGGGGCUGGACGUCGACGUGGUCACCGGGCCGACGUCGGCAUGGGAGUUCGAGGACACCUUCAACGCGUACCAGAGGAUCGCUCUGUUCGAUCACCAGGAGGCAUGGGCUUGAACGAAGCGGCUCGUCGUCGUCGAUCCCAAUAUCUUAUUUCUUUAUUAUGACGAAAUUGAUUAGUUGCCAUGCCGCCAUGCGAUUGGGUGCUUUAUAUGUCAAUUACUUCCCGGUAAAAAUUCGUCGGCCGUGCACCUAGUUGGUCAUAGUAGGACGAUUAGUGGGAGAGUUUAGUAAGAAAAUAAGCAAAGCCAUGCAUAUCUACCCUGAUUUCAUUUUAUUUUUUCAUUUGGUACGUGGUUUAUUUCUCGUCCCUCAACUCUAUGUUAACUCCAUAUUUGGUCCCUCGACUCUUUGAAA